CGUCAUCGUCUACUCAACAGGUCAGAAGGCAACAGUCUAUCACCGCGACAGGAACUAGCCACUAGCAGAGAUGGCCGCUGAAGCUAUCAACCUGAAUUAUAUGGAUUUACAAGAGAGUUGCAAGGAUCCACUGGACGAAUUAAGCUGCCUGCUGACUGAGGGUUCGGUUCGUGUGGGUCUGGACGUCCUGUGGUUCCUGCCGUACUUACGGGAGCUCUGCGGUUCGCCUGGGCCUGGACCGGCCUCUGGUCAUCUGUUUACAUUCCUGAGGAUCCUGAUAAGUGGAUUACUUUUGUUUCUCAGAAGUGGAUUUUUUGUUGUUGUUGUUGUUUAAAGUAGUAGUAAUGUCCCCCUCAGAGUCUUACUCCACCCACAUUUCAUAUUUGAAAAAUGCAGCCCAAAGAGGCGUUUCCUGUAAGACAGAGAAGGCGGAGCUACGACCGUGAUUGACAUACUGAAAUUUGAAGCCAGAUGGCGACGGAGAGCGACACUAGCUCAGAGCAGUCAUUCGAGGUGGAGGACUUUUCCCCACCUUCAUCCCCAGAGGAUAGGGAGGAGGGCUUUUUGGGGGAAGCAAGCGGUCCUGAACCGUAUCUUUUUGAGCCACUAGCUCGUGAGUUGUCAGAGGCCCCUGGAGCCGAGCCAACAGGUGUAUCAAGGCAUCGAAUGGGUCCAGUCUCUGAGUGGUGCACCUGCGGCCAUUGCACAUCAUUGUCAGCCAGAGAAAAUGUGUGCUGCAGAGAAACACCCAAGGUAAUGCUCAGGUGUCAGCAGGUGGGUGUAACCUCCUGCAUAACUAAGCAUCCUGGUUUUGAGGCUGUUGUUCUGAAUCCCUACGUGUUGCAGGCAGUUUAUGGCACCUUUCUGCAACUCUAUGGGGAGAUGCAGGAGACUACGCUCAACAGCUGUUACAGACAUCUGGCGUACCGGAAUGUGGUCAGGUGGUGUUGGGGUUACCUGGGACAGCACGUUCGUGUUGUGAUCCCGUCAUGCGCUGUCUCCAGAAUAAGGCAGGAGUUCCCAGAAGACGGUGCAUACAAAGGAUUCCUCCCUCCUCUGAACUAAUUUUUUUUUUGGAUUAAAUAAAUGUCAUAAUAUAAA